GAAAGAAUAAUUAAGCAUACUAGAAACCGCUGAAAUAUUCAUUGAAAAAAAUUCACCUGGAUCCAAUAAAGAAACAUAUUAGGCGUAUGUUGCGUGAGUGUAUAUCUUUUUAACGUACACCUAAUAUGCUGAAAUAAUGUAUUCAAUGAUUUCUCUAUAUUUUGAUGUAAUCCCAUGAACAUAAUUGAGCAGGUGUUUAUAAAAGGUGCUGGUGAGACUAAUUCUUGCACAUUGCACUCUUUAUUGCACUAGCCAAAUACUUAUGUAAUCUCCCAAUCUAAUUAUAAAUUUACACAGCAUGGGUAUGCAUUAAUGAUGGAUGAUAUUUUGUAGGAAUGCGGAUAUUUUAAGUUUAAUAGCCGACCUUUACUGAGGUUGAGAUAAGUACCUUCUUCCGUUUCUUACAAUUGCAAGUACAAGGUCAUGUUUGUAGUUUCAAAUAUUAAUAUUGAUUUUUGAAACAAAAAUUGCUAAAUGGAUGUUUGUUGAUUCAAAAAUCAAUAUUAUUUUUUUAACAAUUGCAAAAGAGGUUCUUGAAAUCUGUUUACAGAUAACUAUGUAAUAAAGUUUUUAUGAUAGUAGGUGCACAAAUCUCGACAUCACCAUCACCACCAUCUAAAUCAACUGCCAUCAACAAUGCCGUUAUUGAUACUGCCUCUGCAGUACCAUCAAUAUCGCUGAUAUCACAAACACCACCAGCAAUAUCACUGCCAUCUCCAUCAGUACCAGUACCAUCAACAUCACUGCCAUUUAUAAAAGUACCAGUACCAUCACCAACAGUACCAGUACCCAUCACCAACAGUACUAGUACCAUCAAUAUCACUGCCAUCUCCAUCAGUACAUCUCCAUCUACAUCACUGCCAUCACCAACAGUACCAGUACCAUCAACAUCACUGACAUUUAUAAAAGUACCAGUACCAUCACCAACAGUACCGGUACCAUCAACAUCACUGCCAUCUCCAUCAGUACAUCUCCAUCUACAUUACUGCCAUCACCAACAGUACCAGUACCAUCAACAUCACUGCCAUUUAUAAAAGUACCAGUACCAUCACCAACAGUACCAGUACCAUUAACAUCACUGCCAUCUCCAUCAGUACAUCUCCAUCUACAUCACCCAAUCACCAUCAGUACCAGUACCAUCAACAUUACUGCCAUUCAUAAAAAGUACGAGUACCAUCACCAACAGUACCAGUACCAUCAACAUUACUGCCAUCUCCAUCAGUACAAGUACCUUCAACCUCACUGCCAGUGUCAUCACCAACAGCACUAGUACCAUCUACAUCACUGCCAUAUCCAUCAGUACCAGUACCAUCAAUGUCACUGCAAUCACCAACAUUACCGAUACCAUUAACAUCAGUGACACAUGAACACCACAUCUAUCACUGUUAUUUUCUGGGACACACUGAACUAAGGUCGGUAAAUGAGUAUACCGAAGAGAUAACUAUUCCAUAAUUGGUACUGUAACCACCCAAACUAAUACAUGCAACUGCCA